GCAUUAUUCAAACAAUACUUUCUGCCGUUUUACAGUAUUUGAUAGCAGAUCAGUUUUCUAGGGCCUUAAGAAGCUAGUUUGUUACGAGAAAUAUUAACCGAUAAUCAUGGUGGUUUGGCGUGUCGUGUUAGUCGUGGCGACAUUGAUGAGCUCAGCGACAUGCACUCUAGACACGUGCUUCCCGGACACAGGCUCGACCAGCAGCGAGUUCAACUUCUCCGGAGUGGACAUCUUUGGACUGGGCUUGUUCAGAGAACUCAACGCGCUGAUGACGUCAUCACAAAGCGCCGGUGAUGCUAACCUGCUGGUGUCGCCCUACAGCGUGUGGAGUGCCCUCAGUCUCGCCCUGAUGGGCGCCGAGGGCAGAUCUCGUCGUCAGCUCGAAGACGCUCUCGGGCUGCCCACCACAAGGCGUGGUGCCUACAGGACUAAAAAUGCUCUUGACUUUUUGAUGCGCGCGCUGGGGUCGGGGACAAACGGGGGACCCGAGCUGCGCCGUGUCGACCGCGCCUACUUUGACCCCACAGUCCAGCUGCGCCCGUGCGUCACUGACCUACUCAACGACGUACAAAUCCUCGACAUAAUUUCUGAUCCAAUUGGCUCUGCAGACAAAAUCAACAACGACGUCAGUAUGGUGACUGGCGGCCAAAUCAAAGACCUUCUGUCCUCCGACGUGCUCAAGGACUCUUUGUUUGUGCUCCUGAAUGCCAUAUACUUCAAGGGCUCCUGGCAGACAAAGUUUGAUCCAAAAAACACCCAAAAGCAG